AUGGGGAGAUGGGUGGAAGGACAGUGGGUGUGGAAUCUUGAAUGGAGCCGUGCUUUGCUGGAUAGAGAGAAAAAACAAGCAGAUCUUCUUCUUUCAUUUAUCAACAACUUUCAGAUAAAUGAAGGAAAAUUGGAUUGUUGGAGAUGGAAACUCUCGCCAGAGGGUCUCUUCACAGUCAAAACGGCAUACAAAGCAAUUUUCAAUCAGGGGGCACCUCCCACCCAAAGCAAGAAUGGGGUUUUCUCCACCAUCUGGAAUACCCCAGCAAUGCACAAGGCAAAGUCAACUGCAUGGCGAAUCAUAAAUGGAAGGAUAGCGACGUGCGACAACCUUUUGAAGAGAAACGUUCCAAUCCCAAACUCGGAGAUGUUAUGCGUUUUUUGCAAAACACACAAUGAAGAUGCAGAUCAUCUCUUUUUUUCUUGCCAAAUGUCCUCUGAGAUCUGGUACAACCUCUUUCGUUGGGUUGGCAAGCAGUCUGCACUCCCUUCAUCUGCAAAAGCUCACUUUGAAGUCUUCAUUAAUUUGGGGAGUAAGAAAGAGUUUGGUUUUCUCUCUGGUGCAUGGUUAUGUGCGGUUUGGUGUUUGUGGAAACAGAGGAACGCAUGCAGAUUUAAUCAAGUUCCAUGGGUCAAAGAAAAGGUGAUCACUGAGAUCAAAACUAGGCUUUGGGGAUGGCAGCAGAUUUUCAGCCGGUCACCACCUUCAAGGGAUUUUAGAUUCUGGUUUGGAGCCGCCUGUGUUGAAGAUUAG